AUGAGUUCGGAUGAAGGUUCUCCAAAGCCGGCGUCAUCCACGACGCUGCACGCCAUCAAGGAGUUUGUCGCAGGAUCGGGGCUGCCGCACUAUGCGCUGUGCGGUUUCUCUGCCGGUAUUGUCGUCUCUUUCGUCCUCUCUCCAAUCGAACUCAUCAAAUGCCGCCUCCAGGUCCAGAACCUGAACGGGUCCGAGGGGCGAUACAAAGGUCCAAUCGACUGCCUCGUGAAGGUGAUGAAAGAGGAAGGUAUCGUGCGCGGACUGUACAGGGGGAACCUCGCCACCAUCCUCCGCGAAGCACCAGGAAACAUGGCGUGGUUCUCAACCUACCACAUCAUGAGCAACAAAAUGGUGCCCGAAGGAAAGACGCGUGAUGAUCUCUCCUGGUAUCACAACGCGCUGGCGGGCGGCUUCAGCGGCAUGGCAUACUGGACGGCGUUCUACCCUGCAGACACCGUGAAGACGCUGCAGCAGAGCAGCCCCGCUUACGAGGGACAGAACUUCACCACCGUCUUCCGAAACGUCUACAACAGCCAGGGAUUCCGCGGCCUGUACAAGGGCUGGGGCCUGACUGUGGCACGUGCAAUGCCGUCGAACGCCGUCCUGUUCAUGGCAUACGAGCUCAUGAACAAGCUUGUUCGCCAGAGCACCUAAGCAACAGCACCAACACACACCAAACACCACAAACACAACAAACACCAACCAAACACCACAAACAACACGACUUUUGUUCAGGUUCGAUUUCUUGUUGAAAUCUUCACUAGUUUUCCAAUACUCCAAUACAACUGAAUUCAGAC